GAAGGCCGCAAGAGUUCCACCGGAAACAUUUACUCAUCUCCAUCUCAAAUAUUUAUUCCCCAUAACUCAAACAAUUAAAAUCCAAGACCCAGUUGCCAGUGUCGACUUUUAAAAUAAUUUUCUUUAAAAAAGUGUCAAGUUUUGGAUCUCGGUCUCGGUUAUCCCGAGCGACUACACCCAGGGAUUAUCAACUUGUGCAAAGUUAUAGCCAAGAUUAUCGCGUAAUCACAUGACCGUGUUAGUUUAGUACGUGUUAGUUAGUUUUAUUACUUAUUAGUUUACGCUCGAAUUAAUAAAAUAAAAUAACAAAACAUUAAAUAAAAUUUAUAGUAAUUAGUUGCUCCGUAAGUUUGUUAACUUGUACCGAUAAAUGUUUUUUGAUCAAACGGUUCAGUUUAUGUGUGAACACGGUUACAGCAUUUUAUUUUUUUAUUUUUAUUUUUUUGUUGUAGUGGCUGUGUUGUGCGGUUGUUAAAAAAAAAAUACUGUACAGAGUAGUAACGUGAGGUGAAUUUGAUACGCGGCAGGUUUGAAAAGUUUCGCAAGUGAUCAAUGGUUCGUGUUUGUUUUAUGUGAGAGGAUACAACAACACGAGGCCUGCGGGUCUUUAGUUUUGUUUCUUACUUGCGAAGCUUAAUUUUUGGUGAAUAGAAGCUUAUUUUGUUCAUGAGAGCUGCGGUUACGGUUAAAGUCGAGCGGUUUUAUAGAAAAUUUCAUACGUAAUUGACACUAUGGACUCAAGGAAACACUAGCGGUUAUUAAAAACAAGAAGAAAAAAGUUAAUAAGCGAGGGCAUUAAAACUCGGAGGACAGAGAUGCGAGGACGGGAGAGGGAGAGAAUGGCAGUGAAGGAAAAGUGACAAGGUUGGUAAACAAACUCUUGUAAGGAGGUUUUAAAUCCUGGACAAAGGACGAGGAUGAGGAUGAGGAUGAGGAUGAGGGACUACUUGCCGGGCGGUUUAUUCCUGAGGUGAUUUAAAUAUGUCGAGUACAAAGGGCCACGGCCCGAAGUCGAGACUCGAGUCGAGUAGGAUGAGCAGAUCGAGCAAGUGGCACUGGAGCUCCUGCCGUCGAGUUCGAUCAAGAGGAUCGAUUUCAAAUGCACGACCAACCGGCGCCGGAAACAUUCGACCGUCCCUGCUCCAUUCAUAUGCAUCUCGUUAACCCUGUACAUUCCGAUUUGAAAAUAAAAAAAAUAAAAAAGAACUCGGACAAGGAAGGGGAAUAUAAAAUGGAACUAAAUAAAAUAAAAUUACGUCCCAUCGAGGACGAGCUUUUGAAUCUUAAAUAUAUCGAGUUAACGAAUUUUUAUCACUUUUAGAGUCGAGCUUUUAUUUAAAUGGAAAUAUUUAUUGUAGAUUUUUUAUUUCAAAUUCAUUCAUGAAAAUAAUCUAGAUUUUUAUCUUUAAUUAACUAGAAAUUAAUUUAAAUAGUGCGAGUAAAUUAAAAUUUUAAAUUCAAAAAUUUGACUUGAAUGUUUUGAGAAAAAAAAACAAAAAAAGUGAACAAAAAAAAAUAAAACAGAAACUAUUUGUAAUAUGUGUUUUGGAGGACUUGUAGUGAAGUCACGAGGACGUGAGACGACUUUGAGUUGCACAGCAAUCUACAAUAAUAAGGUCGGAAAGCAGGAGCUGAAGCAGCUGGAGCAGGAGCAAAAGGAAGAGCAGGAGGAGUUGAAGCAAAGUAACCAACAUAAGUACACGAUUGACGAGUAUUCAAGUGUCUUUGUGAAAAUGGGGAUGCUUUUGCCCGACGAGACUUACGAGGAACGCGAAUCCGCGGCAUCCUCAACUCGUACCACCUCCGCCUCUUCCUCCCCGGGCUCCUCGGGCUCCGGUUCUUAUUCAUCCACAAACAAGCUCGUUCUGGGUGAUAUGGACGAAGUUGAAGCUGCCAAAGCCCUCGCAGUCUUGCAGAAGUGCGACGAAUUUCUUCAGCGCUACAACAUCAGGCCGGAGUUUUUUUGCCGGCAUCGCGAGCGACUCGCGCUCCAGACCUGGCUCCGUCAAAGGUCGAAGCUUAACUCCGAUGCAUCCUCCUCAAACGAAGCUUCACAUUUGCAGCAGCGUUUGAAAACCCUAAGCACCGAGCUAGUGACUCUUCGGAACCGGUUGCACGUGAGCCAGCCCGGAAGCAACGGAGCAGCGAACGGCGUGAAUAAUACCAUAGCCUCCCCUGCGCCAGGAUCAGGCUCCGGGGGCGUCGGACCAGGACCCGCGGGAGCUGGAUCAGUAGCAACACUAGCGACAGCAAGUUGUGAUAAGGGUGCGCCGACAGCAGCACCCGCGGUGCCGCCACGCAAUACUCAGUCUCACAAUAACGUCGUGCCCCAUCCAAUUGGACACUCAUCCGGGCACAGUGUUACCGCUUCCGCUAUUAUCCAUCCGCACGCCAAUCAUUCUACUGCCAACGAUCUCGGCCACAACUCCACCGCAAACAAUUUAAUAUCUGAUUUGGAAAGAUCGAAACGUUCAGACGACGGAUUGGUGUCAUGUGUGACGGCAUUGAGCAGCUUUCGGUCACCGCCGAUUUCGCGAAUAAUUGCCGACGUUAAAGGAAGCGGAAAAGGACACUUGACCCAACGAUGUAUCACCAAGAGUGGGCAGUCUGUCAGCCAGAAUUCGACGACUCUGGAGGAUUUGAUUCACUUGCCGGGACCUCUGACCGAGGACGCGGUCCUCAAGUGCCUCCAGGCGCGAUUCUGUGCCAAACAGUAUCAUACGAAUGUCGGACCCAUACUAGUGAGUAUCAACCCCUAUACAGAUGUGGGAAACCCACUGACGUUGACGAGCACACGGACCGUGCCAUUGGCACCGCAGUUGAACAAGGUCGUCCAGGAAGCCGUGAGACAACAGUCCGAGACUGGUUACCCACAGGCCAUCAUCCUCUCGGGGACCAGUGGAUCGGGCAAGACUUAUGCAUCGAUGCUCCUGCUCAGACAACUCUUUGACGUAGCCGGUGGUGGCCCCGAGACCGAUGCUUUUAAACAUCUCGCCGCGGCUUUUACUGUUUUACGCUCCCUCGGCUCCGCCAAGACUGCGACCAACUCCGAAAGCUCCAGAAUUGGUCACUUCAUCGAAGUCCAAGUGACUGACGGCGCUCUGUACAGGACAAAAAUCCACUGCUACUUUUUGGACCAAACCCGCGUCAUUCGACCGCUGCCUGACGAGAAAAACUAUCAUAUAUUUUAUCAGAUGUUGGCUGGGCUGUCUCAUGACGAGCGCGUUAAAUUACAUCUAGAGGGAUACAAUUUAAAAAAUCUCCGGUACUUGCAACACGGGGACACGAGACAAGACGAAGCUGAAGACGCUAUUAGAUUCCAAGCAUGGAAAGCGUGUCUAGGUGUGUUGGGGAUACCAUUUUUGGACGUAGUCAGAGUUCUCGCGGCAGUUCUGAUCCUCGGUAACGUGGGAUUUACCGACGGCCCUGGCGUCGAGGUCAGCGUAAUUGGAGAAAAUGAGUUGGCAUCAGUCGCGGCACUUUUGGGGGUCCCACCCUCCUCUUUAUUGCGCGGUCUUACCUCGAGGACUCACAAUGCGCGCGGUCAAUUGGUUAAAUCUGUGUGCGACGCCAACAUGUCAAAUAUGACGAGAGACUCUUUAGCGAAAGCACUUUACUGUCGCACUGUAGCGACGAUAGUGAGACGAGCCAACAGUUUGAAGAGACUUGGCUCAACUCUUGGUACACUUUCAUCGGAUUCCAAUGAAUCGGUUCACAAUCAGGCUGAGGUCACUAGCCAGCAUGCGUCAACAAUCGGUAGUUCUGCAGGAGGAACAGGAUCCCGCAGCAUGGCGGCGUUGAACAACGCGGUCCGUCACGCCACCGAUGGGUUCAUCGGGAUCCUCGAUAUGUUUGGAUUCGAGGACCCGAAGCCGAGUCAACUGGAGCAUCUGUGCAUAAAUUUGUGCGCGGAGACGAUGCAGCACUUUUACAACACCCACAUAUUCAAGAGCUCGAUCGAGAGCUGUCGAGACGAGGGCAUACGCUGCGACGUCGAGGUCGAUUAUGUUGACAAUGUGCCUUGUAUCGAUUUGAUAUCCUCUCUGCGCACUGGUUUACUGAGCAUGUUAGACGUCGAAUCCUCGAUGCGUGGAACUGCUGAGAGUUACGUUGCCAAAGUUAAAGUGCAGCAUAAGCAGAACCCAAGAUUAUUUGAUCCAAGAAGUCUCGACUGUCGGUCCUUUGGCAUUCAGCAUUUUGCCGGGAAAAUAAUUUACGAUGCUUCGGAUUUUCUGGACACAAACAAAGACAUUGUCCCAGAUGACCUAGUUGCUGUUUUCUACAAGCACACAUGCAACUUUGGGUUCGCCACCCACUUAUUUGGCAGUGAACUGAAAGCACUUUAUGCCAGCGAUACUGUGCCACGUGGUGUCAGCUUUAGAAUAUCACCGACUUCACACACUGAUUUACUUUAUUGUAGAUUAAAUGGUGACGAGCCAAUAUCUACACUCACUCAGGACUUCCAUACACGUCUUGAUAAUUUACUACGUACGUUAGUACACGCACGUCCACAUUUCGUACGUUGUAUCCGUAGCAACGCGACCGAAACGCCUUUACAUUUAGAUAGGAGAGUUGCAAUGCGACAAAUACGUUCUCUUCAAGUACUUGAGACUGUUAAUUUAAUGGCUGGAGGAUAUCCACAUCGAAUGCGUUUCAAGGCGUUCAAUGCGCGGUACAGACUGAUUGCGCCGUUCAAGCAGCUGCGACGAUCCGAGGAGCAGGCUGUCGAGGACACUAAACUUAUUUUGCAAAAUGCACAGCAAGUUAAGAGCAAGUUUGGCGCGAGUACCAGUUGGGCACUCGGAAAACGUCACAUUUUUUUGAGCGAGGGGAUAAGACAGCAGCUGGAAAAUUUGAGAUCUGAAACACGUCGGAAGGCUGCCACUGUCAUACAGACGACAUGGCGCGGAUGGCGCGUUAGAAGAAGAUGGCCAGUGAGACGCAUCCCUCUUUCACUACCAACCGGAAUUAUUUCCAAACACACCCAGCACUCAAACAACGGAACCCACCGCAAUGUCACCAGUACGACAACCGGAACCCGACCCCGGCCGCAGCCGAUCGCCGGCACUCCUCCUCCAGAUCCUACCGAAAAGUGCGCGGAUCAAAAAAUGAUCCAGCAAACCUGCACUCUCUUUGGACUUGACCUCGAGAGACCGCCUCCAGUGCCACCGAGUAGAUCCUACACAGUAACGGGAAAUACAAAACUCGGUUAUCCUCAAACGCGUGUCAUGAAAAUGCCAUUCCCAGAAGAAGGCGAAGGAGAAGUUGUUUUGUUGAAAGGCGAGACGGUUUUAGUUAUCGGCGCAUCGGCUCGACGCGGGCAUCUUCUUGUCGAGCACAACAACGUGACCCUCCACGUGCCCUAUCAGUUCAUGGAAUUGAAGCCGUGUAAUAUUAACAUUUAAUUAUUUAUUUAAACAUUUAUUACUUAUAUUAAAUCACAAGACUCUUACUAUUAAUUAUUAUUACUAUUAAAAAAAAAUUAUACGUUACAUUUGAGUGUAAUUGCCAAUAAAUUGCCAUAGGAAUUUUUAUAUGUAGUAAUUUAAAGAAAAUAAUUAACAGAACUGCUAUUAUUGUCUUCCAUAGUUAAGAUAAAUUUCUAUAUUAAAAUAAUGAUGAGGAUGUAGAAAUAUAAACGUACAAAAUAUAAAUUUAUAAUUA